AUGCCAUCUAUAAAAUUAAGUGGCUUUUUAUUAGCCCAGUUUCUUUUAUCGCUGGGUACGAACGCUCUCCCGAGCGCAUCCCGUAUUAGUAAUGAUGAUGUUCGGGAUCUCGGCCGGCGCGGUCUUGGCUUUGAUACAGAUACGCCGGAUAUCCUAAGAUUUAGCGAAUUAUAUGGCGCACCCGAAAACAACUUCGACUGCAAGAGCGACCGGAAUCCCGUCAUCAUGCUCCACGGGCUUUCAGCAAACCGCCAAGUCGAUCUCAACAUGCUUCAAUGGGAGCUUAAUAGGCGCGGUUACUGCACAUUCUCGCAGACUUACGGUGCUUGGAGUCUAGUACCUUGGAUUGGUGGACUUAAAUCAAUGUCGGAAUCAGCGAAGGAGAUCGCUAGCUUUGUGAAAGAAGUUAAGGAUAAAACCGGCGCGGAAAAAGUCGAUAUUGUUGGUCACUCUGAGGGUGGUGUUCAAGCCAUCUACGUACCAAUGACACAGGAUGGUAUCUCGGAUAUUGUGGAGCAUGUGGUUGCAUUGGGACCAGCUAUUCAUGGUGCAAAGUACUUCGGCUUUACCGAUCUGUGGUACAUCGGUGGGAAUAUCACUCGCACUCUCGCUAAGAAGGUUGUAGACGUGCUCGGAUGCCCAGCUUGCGAGGACAUGGCAACUGACGGUGGAAUAUACAACGAUUUCAAGAACGCCGGCAAGAUCGUGCAGGCCGGGAACAAAGUAACAGUUAUCAUGUCCAACUCAGAUACACUAGUAUCGCCGGAUGUCAGCAGGGUCGACGAGGAAGGGGCAACUAACGUUAUCGUUCAAGAUACUUGUCCCGACGACAAAGUUGGACAUGCAGGACUCAUGUGGGAUAAGAGUGUUUGGAGAUUAAUUGUGAAUGCGUUGGAAGAAAACAACGAUGCAGUAUUCGAAUGCGAACAGGGACUGGUUAUCUAA